GAGCUUCAUCCCUUCGUCGGCCUCCACCUGCCUUCCGCCCCUAUAGCUCUCCAUGCUCUCUAUCCCCCGCACGUUAUAGCUCGCUCUCCGGCCGUGUGUACACGUAAACGCAGAGGGGAUAGAAGGCACGUCUGCGCGAUGAGGACCAGGAUAGGAGCGAGCCUCUUUCGCGGGGGAUCCGACGUGCUUUUCCACCCUCGGCGACGACAGUCCUGCCGCACCGCCAAAACGUACCACACAAUCGUCGGCCAGGCCCUUGCCAUGCGAUGUCGUUGCAGAGCCCCAGACUUCGACAUUACAGGACCAUGACAGCGAUCUGCUUCGUGUGCAACCUGCCCAUCCUAAGUCAUCAAGUCGGGCUGAUAUGGCAGGGUGGCAACGGCUGGGACGAUCUCGUGCGAGAGCAAGUGGAGGAGUCCACUUUGAAACAACGACUGGGAACAGGCAGACGAGACUCCGCGGCGCAAAUCACAUCGAUCUCGCCACCGAACGAGACCCAUGACUCCUCGCCGACGAACCAACGUCGACGGCGAUCGAGUCUCGCACAGCUGACCGACAUCCUGCGCGAAUGGGGCGGCGGUGCCUCCGGGAAGAGCGGACGCGGCAACAAGCUCUGCCGCAGGGAGACCUUGGCGGACAUCGCCAAGUCACUGCCGUGGUCGCGACAAACCACCACGGACGCGAGCCACCUGGCCAGCCUGCGGAAGAGACGGGAGAGCUCGGUCGACAGCGGUAUUCGCAGCCAGGUGUCGACCAAGUCUAGACGUGAUUCCGCCAUCAGCGAUUUCAAGAACGACAUAGCCAGACUCUGGAGCAAGAAGGAAACGCCGCAGCCGCAGCCGCCCACGGUCAUCUCACCCACGCCACGACGAGGUUCUGGCGAAUCGAGAAAUUCUCGUCGUGGCUCGGGCGAAAGCGCAAGAUCUAGAAGAGAUUCGGUGAUUGCGGGACAGACUCCGAGUCCCGGCGAACGUAAGCACAACUGUCGUCAUCAUAGACGUAGGCAAUCUCAACAGUCGGUGGAUGGAGGUGGCAUUACACCUACGAAAUACUACAGAAAUGAUCAAAGACCGAGCGCUUCAAGCACAGACAGUGCGGCCAGUAACGCGGUCAGAGAUCAUAUGGAGACCCAGAGGAGUUCCACGGACAAAAGCGAGAGAUCUAGCAGUACCGAAACGAAGACACAAUCAACUGGCCCCAUGAUUGAUGCGAAGACGACAAUGUCGGCGACAUCCUUGACGGUCGACGGAAAGACGUCCGUCGUCACCAUGACUGAAUCGAGAAUAGUGACAAUCAAUACCUCCACUUUGUCGACCUUGAGCGUUGAUACAAAAGCUAUUGAUAACAAGUCCGGUAUCAAUCUGGACGCAUCUAUGAACCCACCGACUAUCGUCAUGUCCUCGGUAACGCCACCGGCGAUCUCACCGACGGCCGGAAGUAGCCUACCGCUUCCUGGUACGUCGACUUCCGGUAGCUCCAGCCCAGUUGGUUCCCCAAACGUCAACAAUACACCUACGCAUCCGUUACUUUCCACUCGAAGAGACUCGACAACGCAGUGUUAUUACAAGAGUAAAGAAGUUUCGCCGAAUAAAUUGUCGAGGCUGAUACGUCAACAGGCAGCAAUAGACGAGUCCAUGCCACCCACAGGGCGUCGUGGCAGUCAGCCAACUUUAUCACCGGAUCCUGAUGAUGGCGGUCGAAAAGCACGAAGAGACUCCUUGAGUCCGGAUUCCGCUUCUUAUCCACGACGUCGUGACUCAAGAAGUCAUUUGAGUCCCGACAGAAACGUUGAUAAAAGAGAUAUCAGUCCUAUCAGGCAAAGAAAAGCUCGACUGAGAAGGCAAUCCACCUCCAUAGCUGGUCGGCCACCAAGAUCGCCGGACAGCUCCUCAUGUUCGUCCAGAGAUCCCAGUCCUUGUGCUCGCGCACCCAGCGGUAUCCAACAUGCACCAAUAAUACGACGGCAAUCGACCACCGAAGAAAUUUUGAUAGCGCGCGGUUUUCGACGGCAGAGUACCACCGAGGAGAUGAUACGAUGCCGUAAUUUUAGACGACAAAGCUCUCAGAGUGACGACACGGUUCAGAGAUAUCGCGGACGAAGAGAUAGCUCUGCGCAAAUCACGGAUGGCACCUUCGCGACAAUGACAGUCGAAACAUCUAGCACAUUUUUUGACAGCAGCACCCAGACUGAACCAUCGCCGUUGUACGACAACAACCAUUAUCACGAGGAGUGCCUAAAAUGUAACAGCUGCGGCCUGAAUCUGACGGGACCCAAUCAAAAGCGGGCAAGACGGUUCAAGAACCAGAUACUUUGCGAUCUGCACUUUGCCGACGUGGCGCUGAUGGAGUGCUCGGACUUCAUGCAGCAGUUGCGCAGCUUCAAACCACAAAGUUUAGGCUGCGCAGUUGCGAGAAGAAAGUCCUCGACCACCCUGAUCUUCCCGUUGCCACCUCAGGCGUGCUCCGAUGAAUUCUGUCAAGAGUUUCCGCACAACCUGAUACCAACGCCUGGCUACUGGAUCGAAUGUUCGCGGCAGCAGAUCACAUCGGACACGAUCUGGGACGAAAGCGAGAGCGAUCGCGAGGCUACCGAUCCUGAGCAGACGGAAGAACAGACGGUGGAGGAGCGUUCGUCGAUGCUGAAGCGACAAGACAACAGUUUUUGCUUGUUCGAGGAGAACGAGGUUGAUACGGACGAUGUGCCGCGAAAGAAAACCACCAUCGAGGAACAAUGGGAGAAAAAUCAGGGCUUCGAACUUACCUCGGUUGAACAGGAGACCUACGAGAAAUACUUCUAUGGCUCGGAACAUUGGAAUUAUUUCACAAAUGAUGAGGAUCUGGGACCGGUGAUACUCAGUAUCAAGCAGGAAACCCUCAACAACCGGGAUCAGUUCCGAAUCUUGGUCAGAGCUAUCAGUUACACGGUUCACGGCCUUAUCCCCGCCAGCUGCGUCUUUGCUGAUCGGUACAAUCGAGAAGAAGUAGUACGUAGUCUUGGCAAGGAGGUGAACAUCAAUCCGCCACUGACCUUGGGACAAUUGCCGGAUACGCCUGAAGAACUUCUCAAGCUCGAUCAAGUUUUUAUCAAGUCCGAGUUAAAAGUGGGAGUGAUAUAUGUUCAGGAAGGUCAGUACAGUGAGGAGGAGAUACUCGAUAACAACGACAACUCGCUGCUUUUCGAGGAAUUUCUGCAGAUUCUCGGGGACAAAAUCAGGUUAAAGGGUUUCGACAAGUACAAAGGCGGUCUCGAUACCGUACACGAUUUGACGGGCCUAUAUUCUGUCUACACCAAUUGGAGGGGUAUCGAGAUAAUGUUCCACGUGUCCACCUUAUUGCCUUACGAGAAACACGAUCCUCAAAAACUCCAAAGAAAAAGACACAUUGGCAACGAUAUAGUGUGCGUCGUAUUUUUGGAAGCCGACAACACGAAUUUCAGUCCAGCUUGCAUCAAGUCGCACUUUUUGCACACAUUUAUCUUGGUGCGAGUGAGUCCACGGAUAAAGCGGAAAAUCACGAGAUACGAAGUAUCCGUGGUUACAAGGGACGAAGUUGGGGCCUACAAACCGUAUCUAUGGGAGCAAAGCGUCUUCGAAAAAGGUCCGAUGUUCCGAGAGUGGAUGUUGACGAAAAUCGUGAAUGGUGAAAGAGCGAGUUAUUCCGCACCGAAAUUCGCGAGAAUGCAGGAGCGAACGAGAAGCCAAAUGUUGGAGGAUAUCGUAGCGAAUCUCGCUAAUCAUGCGGAAACCGGGCAAAUUCCGAAACCGUAUAGACGAGGUUCUUGGCGACCGAUUGGACACAUGAGACCAUCGUCGCCAUUAUUGGAUUCAGUGCGAGAUCAGUUUGAGGAUUAUGAUCAGCUCGCAAAGGACUUUACCAGGGUGUUUCUUAAUAAUUCAGCGAACGUGACGCUAAAUGCUAGUCUAUUUGACGUAUCUUUCCUUGUGCCAGGACAACAAAAACAAAAAGUCAGAUUCAUUGGCGUUAGGGCGAUUCUAGCAGUAAGAAGCAGAGUAUUCCAAGAAAUGUUAUACGGAAUUCAAGCAGGCUUCGGAAGCCCACAAGUCCCGGUUGCGGAGUUGCUGGCGAGGCCGGCGCCGACAUUGCUCAGCCCCCAAAAACCGAAAAGUUCGAACUUUCUUCAAGUUCCCGAUAUGGAGAGUCCAAGGCCCAAAAGUGUCCCUUCGUCACCGAUGGUAAAACGGGCCUUCUCAAGAUUGGGCACAAUAACGGCCGGAUGGGGGAGGAGUAUUAGAAAACACGGUAGCAACACUCUGCAGAGCGAGGAUCGAAAGCGAUGGGCCAGUUCGCAAGAUUGCAGUAAUAAAGAAGUGAAAGAUAAGGACAAAGCAGCCCAAUCAUUGGCAGUACCAAGGCUCAGCGUUUGCGCCGACGCGCAAAAAGUAGAUAGAGCGAAAUUAGCACAGACUGAGUUUGAUAUCAUCGAAUUCGAUCCGGAGACUUUUCGAAUUCUACUUGAUUACUUGCACACCGGAUCCUGUCCGUUGACGUGUAGCAAUAUACCGGGUCUGAUAUGCGCCGCCGAACACUAUGAUCUACCAGAAUUACUUCAAGCCUGCUUUCAUCACGCCAAGCAGUUCCUCAGAAUCGAGAUCGUUUGCGUGAUGUUAUGCGCCCUCGAGAAUUAUUACUGGCGAUAUACAUCCGCCUCAGAAUUAGUCAAUAUGAUCCUCGCGUUCGUCGAGACGAGGGCUUAUCAGCUCUUCCAGAACCCGGACUUCCUUACCCUAAGCGAGUCGAUGGUACAAAUGAUCAUGUGCCGUAGCCUCGAAGUGGUGGAGAUUAAAAAGUUCGAGGCAAUGUUGAGUUGGGCGAAGCAUAGAAUCAAAACUAAAUCAACCAAGCUCGAUGCGAAAGUUGAGUUCAACUGUAUCAUGGAGAGGCUCAGCAGGGACCUUAAAUUAUAUAGGAUAACACCAUACGAAUUAAUCAAGAUCGUUUUGCCGUCGAAAGCCAUAAGGAACGAACGUAUCCUCGAGACCCUCAUGUAUCAAGCGAAUUCGGGCACAUACAGAAACGUCGAUCCUUAUUUGGAGGCAUACCAGAAGAAAGUGCAGAAUCAAGAGAGCUUCGAUUGUGGACUGUAAACGUCAACGAAAACGUAAAAAAACGCCGUAAGCAUAAUGUGUACCUGAAAAUACGUUUCGAUGAUUGAUCGAUAAAUUUGUCGAAAA